AUGAAAACUGUAACUUCACCAGAGUCUCACCUACCGAGGAGCAUGAGGAGGGUUCCUAAACCUCUGAUGGAGAAACGCAGACGGGAGCGGAUCAACCAAAGUCUGGACACAUUGCGACUUCUGAUGCUGGACAGCACCGACAAUGAGAAACUGAGAAAUCCGAAGGUGGAGAAGGCAGAGAUCCUGGAGAGUGUAGUCAAUUACCUGAAGAGGGAGAAGGGGGACGCGAAGGAUCCCCGGUCCACGUCGCGGGGGCAGAGACAGAAAGCCGCCCGCCAGCACAGCUUCCAUGACGGCAUGAGGUCCUGUCUGCUGAGGGUCAGCCACUUCGUAGCCAGCAAGAGCAAGGAGCUGGAGGGCACAGAGGAGGACGCGGUCCACGCUUCUCUUUCGAGUCCCGAGCCCCAGACACACCCUUCUCCUGGCCACAUCCACAUGGCACAGGCCGCUCUGUCUCCUCAGCAGCUGGCCCAAUGCCAGGGCGGGAUGUCUCCCCCGUACCUCGACCAAAGGACUGGCCUCCACUGUGACACCAGGGAGCUGCUCUCCUCCACGGAAGCCUGCACGCACAUCACCGACCCUGUGUGGAGGCCCUGGCCUCAGUGACAGCACACAUUUUUAGAUUUGGAUACUUUUAGAAAUGUACUGUAGGACGCCCA